AUGAUGGCAACGUCAUCCUUGGGAUUGGAUGACACGGACGAUCAUUCGAUUUCCAACAGUGUAUCGGCAGUUUCAAAAAGACGAAGGCGGAGAAACGGUAGCUUGAGGCUCAGCAAGAACCAUGCUCCCAAGCCUAAACUCCUAAAUGUUUGGGGAACGUUACAACUUAAUACCAAUCCUGUUCUCCAGAUUCCGAAAGUCACAAACAUCCCUCUAUCUUUUGUGCACGAUGACAAAGAGCAACUUGAGCCGCACAACUCGGGUGGUCCCGAGAGUAAUUUACAUAGUUCAAUGCUGAAGUCGAUCAUGAAACCAAGCAGACUGGUGAGCGAGGAGCAACUGGGUCAAAAAACGGUUUCUUUUAAGGACGAGGUAUCGGUAAGAAGUAAUUCGUUAGGGAGCAUUCAGAAAUCUGCUUCUACUCAUGUUCUCGCUGCACACACAAAUCGCAGUUACAGGGAUUCUCCAGUCCGAUCAAAAUUGCUAAACAACGAUUUAUUCCAGAGACCAACGAGCAAAGAGCUAGAGCAAUUUCGAACAGAGCCUUCAGACUUGGAAAUUCUAUGUUUCGAACCUGAGCAUUCAACGCCAGAAGAUGCCGAUCGCACUUUAGAUAGCGUGUGUGAUUCCAAUAAAGAAUUGAGCCAAGAAAGUCGAAAAGAGCAAGAAAUGUCAAAGGAACUGAUAACUGAUCUUGGCGGGGCUUCAGAUCAGAACUCCGUAAAUGAUGUCUCAGAUAUUUUCAACCACCUGAAGACGCUCUCCGGCACGAAAGAAGCAACAGAGACAAAUAAGAACUGCAUUACAAGCGACGUGCAGGAAAAGGAUGUUGACGAACUCGAUCAGCAAAUAAGAAGCUUGAAGCAGAAAAAAAGAGAGAUUAUCAAGAGACAGCGCCAAGCGUCCUGGUUCCAUGGAGGACUGCUAGGAUUUAUCAGAUCGAAGAAUAAGGACGAUCCUCCCUCAAUGCCCAGUGCGCACACCGAUACACACUCUGCUAUUGCGCAGGCUUUCAUGGAGUCGGAGGAAAAUCGUGAUGGAACACAAAGCAGAACAGGAGAAUACUCCAACGGUACGAUAUGUUCAUCUGAUUUGGAUACCCCCAACAGCUCCAGAAGGCUGAGUAUUCGAGAAUUUUUCAAGAAGAGACAACGAACCCCCACCAAGACUAGGGCCUCUGAGCCAAUAGAAUCACUUUUGGAGAGCCUACAACUUACGCCAUUGCAUGUUGCCCCAGAAAGCAGAAAAAGUCGCAGUGAAUCGGAGGAAGAGAUCAAUGUUUUCUUGAGUCGAGCAGCUGGAACCGUCGCUAUGCAAAGCCAUAGAUCAUGA